UUUUCAUUGAAAUCCAGUAUAUGAAGAAAAUCUGACCUUACACAGAUGGUUGCAAAAGGAAGACCCUCAAGGACCCUGUGAAAGGGAAACCGAAUGCGGUGCUACAACUGUGGUGGAAGCUCCAGCAGUUCUUGCAAAGAGGCCGUGACCACCUGUGGCGAGGGCAGACCCCAGCCAGGCCUGGAACAGAUCAAGCUACCUGGAAACCCCCCAGUGACCUUGAUUCGCCAACAUCCAGCCUGCAUCGCAGCCCAUCAUUGCAAUCAAGUGGAGACAGAGUCAGUGGGAGACGUGACUUAUCCAGCCCACAGGGACUGCUACCUGGGAGACCUGUGCAACAGCGCCGUGGCAAGCCAUGUGGCCCCUGCAUGCAUUUUGGCUGCAGCAGCCACCGCCCUGACCUGUCUAUUGCCAGGACUGUGGAGCGGGUAGUGGGAGUAGGAGUAGAGAAGGGAACAAGGGAGCAAGGGAACAAGGGACAUCUGAACAUCUAAUGUGAGAAGACAAGCAUCCUUCUGUGAGUCAUUAAAAUCUAUGAACC